UUGAAAGUACUACGUGCAACGUCAUAAUAAUCAUUGUUCCACGUGGAACAUAACUGGCGUUUUUGAUAGGUCUUGAUUUUGAUUUGGAAUAAGCAUCAUAAUCAAAUAUACCACGAUAUACUAUACCAGCAUAUUGCAAAAUUUCAGUUAAAAUUUAUAGGAAACAAUGUUUAAGUCUCUAGGUUUCGCCAUUUUUCUUGCUACUUUUAGCGUAGCAAUUAGUGAAACUUGUAAAAAUCCAGUAAUUACUUCAAGUUCAUUCACAACAGAAGAUUCUACCUAUUUAACAAAUAUUGCAUAUAUUGGUGUUUUUGAGGUGAAGUGUGAUGCUGGUGGUAUUUUGAAAAACCUCUACGCUGAAGUUAAUGGAAAUGUUGCUCCAAUAUCGACUGUAGACAAAAAUAAAUUCCAGGUGAGCUGGACUGAAGAAAUUAAAAAAGCAUCUUCCGGAGAUAAACUUGUCCGAAUUUAUUUGGAAGAUGAUGUGGCUGCUUUGAAGAAAGCUCAAAGAUUAGGGGAAGAUAUUAGCUCUGUACCAACCUUAGGUUCAAUUGUUGUGAACCAUCCAGGAGCUUACAGUGGUCCUCUUGUCAAUGGAGAAUUUUUAGCUUUAGUAUUGGCUUCAGUAACUGCCUACUAUGCAAUUUUAUCGAAAUUCCAGAUGUCUUCAUAAUUGUUACAUUUUUCCUAUUUGGAAAUCAAUGAGAUGUACUAGAAUAAUUGUUGAUUAAAUUAUUUUUUCUAAUUUUC